AUGAUGAUGUUGAUGCAACAGACACGAUUAACUAUUAGUAGUAGUAGUAGUUGUUUUGUUGGUGGUCGCUCACCAUUGCUAAGAUCACUCAUCAACAGCAGCAGUAGAUACUACACUACAACUACAACUGGCAAGGUCUACUCAUGGGGAUCAGGAUCAAACGGCAAAUUAGGACAUGGAAUGGGUGUCAAUCAACUGAACAAGCCUACAUUUGUUAGAGAACUGAUACAACAUGAUGUCACUCAUAUUAGUUGUGGAACAACAUUUACAAUGUUUGCAGCAGCAGCUACACCGACAAGUACUAUUCAAUCACAACAACAGAUACAACUAUUAGGAUGUGGAGAUAACUCUUAUGGUCAACUGAUCAUUGGCAAUGGAAAGAUACCGGUACUAGAGAACAUUGUACCGUUGAGUAAUGAUUGCGAGUCAUUCAAGCCACCCAACUUGGUGGGCCGCUCAGUGAAACAGUUGACAUCGGGCACCUUUCACAGCGCAUGUCUACUGGACGAUGGCAAUGUUUAUCUGUGGGGCAGUGCCAACAGCGGGCAGCUCGGCUCACCGACCUAUGCCCGUCUCUUGUACAACCCCUACCUAAACACGAGGCUUCAAAAGACUGGCGUACAGCGCUUGUCGUGCGGCUCGACCUUCACAGUCGCAUUGUCCAACGAUGGUCAACUCUACACAUUUGGCUCGGCAAUCUUUAACGAACUAGGUCACGACAAUGAGUUUAAUGAGCGUACACCAAAGCGUAUAAGACAUGCACUGCUACAGGACCGUCCACCAGUGGUCGACAUCAGUUCAGGCUACUUUCAUUCAAUGGCCCUAACUCAAGACAAUCGAGUGUUGGUUUGGGGUCGCAAUCAAGAGGGUCAAUGCCAACCGGUGGAGAAGGGCAUGGAGAAGGGAUGCUUCUCUUCAGUCCAUGAGCUAGACAUCUCCCGACUACAUGGUGAUCCAAUCAUUCAAAUUGGAUGUGGUAGUUUCUCAUCAUACAUACUCACAAAGUCUGGUGCAAUGUACUCUAUUGGUUCAAAUGAUCAUGGACAGCUUGGAGUUGGAUCGGAAUCAUUGUUUGGACAGUUGAAUCACAUUAGUACAUUACCUGCGGGCAUAACAAAGUUCUGGACUGGACAUCAAUACGCCAUUGCUACCGAUGGACAGAAGUACUAUGGUUGGGGAUCAAACUACGACUUCCAAUUGGCGUUGGACAAACGAUGUGUAUACAAUCAACCAGUUGUACUGGAUAGUCUCUCUGCGAUUGGUCAACCCAUCAAACAUAUUGCUGCCUCUGUCACACAUGCACUAGCACUUGUU